AUGGACUACCAAUCUCAUUUGGAUACAAAUUCCUUCCCAACGGAGCAACAACGUCAAUAUCAGAAACUUCAUCACCAGCAACAGAUGAUGAUGAUGAUAAUGAAUAAUAGCAAUAACAACUAUACAACAGAAAACCUUCGCCAGCAACAAACGAAUAACAGCAUCAGCAAUUCCGAAGACUGCCCCUUUGAUAAUGACAUUAGUUCUCUUUCAGCUAACCAAAUAGCAUCCUAUAUGACUGGCUUUGAUUCAAAUAUUGCUGGUACUACUAGUAAUAUUGAUAUCAACACCAAUACCAAUACAGUCACAGCUGCUGAUCUCAACAAUAUCGACGCAUCUUCUGACCUCCUUUUGAACUUGUCUCCGCCUUCAAUAGACAAUAACGAUCUGGAUAACAUAGCCUUACCUUUAACUCCAAAUUUAUCAACAACAACAAGAUAUCAUCCAAAUGACUAUUCUAACAAUAGUUCUAAUUCUGCAUCUCGUAUACCUUCCAAAUCCAAAUCUAUAUCUACAACUAUUAUUACAGACAAAGAUAAGAAAAAGGAACAAAAUAGAGCGGCUCAAAAGGCAUUCAGAGAACGUAAGGAAAAUGAAUUAAAAAUAUUACAAUCAAAAUUAAUGGAAAGUCAAAAUGAUAGAAUCGCUUUACAAAAUCAAAUUAAUGAAUUGAAAAACUUUAAUAAUGAAAUGAUUCAAACUAAUAAUAAACUAUUAUCUUCUGAAGACGUUUUUACCACUCUUAUGAAUCAAACAGCCAUUUCACCUCCUUCUCCCCCUCCUCAUACUACACAAGAGAUUGAUACAAAGUUUUCAUUCCCAACAAAUAUUCAAGAACAACAAGGACAAGAACAUGAAAAUGAAAAUAAAUCAACUACUUCUACUACUAACGCAAUAAACGAUAGAUUAUUAACAAUUCCAGAAAUUUGGGAAUAUUUAAACGAUUUGAUUCAAAAUGACUGUUCGUUAGAUAUUGAUCCAACAUUAAUUCUACAUGAAUUGAAAUUAAACAAAAAUUUGGGUAAAUGUAACGGUCAAGGUCAUUCUUACCAAAAAAGUUUAAUUGAUUCAUUGAUAAGUAAACAUUUGCAAAAAUAA